AUGACGGCACUACAACGGAUGCACGUCAGCAAAGGACCCGAUCCGCAGUCGAGGUUGCGGCAGACCUUGCUGACGAGACACACUGGGCGUCAUGACCAAUUCAGACGCGCCGUGCUGGCUCGCUUUGGCAACGUGCUCAGUGAAUUUGAAAAGGCCAACUUUGAGGCGAUAGGGCUCACGCACGAUGAGCUCAACCGGCAGGCCAACCUUUUCAUGAAUGCGCUAGAUGAGGCAUUCGUUCUGGCAGAGAAGAAUAUCACGCGCCGCGACAAGAAUCCUCUUUUCUACAACUUGCGCGAGGCCUUUGUGCGCAGAGACGCCAAGGGCAUCACAACUGAGGUGCGCUACGCGUUCCAGUCCUUUAUGGUGCGGCAUCGCUUCUCGAAAGCUCUCGAGGAGAACCAGAAGCGCCUCCUCAACUUUCGAUUUCCUCAAGAGUGGUUCCCGGCCACGCGUGAGCUCCAGCGCACUGUGCACGUGCACGUCGGACCCACGAACUCGGGCAAGACAUACAAUGCCAUCCAGGCCCUGAAAAAGGCAAAGUCGGGCGUGUACGCGGGUCCUCUGCGUCUGCUCGCAGCUGAAGUCUACACUCGCUUCACGGCAGAGGGGAUACCCUGCGCGCUGAUCACGGGAGAGGAGCUCAAGAUACCCAAGGACACGGACAACUACUUCACCAGCUCCACCGUCGAGAUGAUUCCGUUGAAUGGAAGAUUCGAUGUAGCUGUGAUUGACGAGAUUCAAAUGUUGGGCGAUCCUGAUCGAGGCAACGGGUGGACAAUGGCUUUCCUCGGUGUGCAGGCCAAAGAGGUCCAUGUGUGCGGAGAGGAGCGCGCUGUCGGUCUCGUGCAGGCCCUCUGCGCGGGCGUGGGUGAUAAGUGCGUCAUCCAUCGCUACGAAAGGCUGAGUCCGCUGGAGACGAUGAAAGAUUCUCUGGAGAAUGAUUUCGGCAAGCUUCAAAAAGGCGAUGCCGUUGUCGCAUUCAGUCGGAAGGAGCUGCAUGCUCUGAAGAAGGCGAUCGAGGAGAAGACAGGCCGGAGGUGCGCCAUCAUCUACGGCUCUUUACCGCCCGAGGUCCGCAUACAGCAAGCCGCCUUAUUCAACGACCCAUACAACGACUACGACUUUGUUGUGGCGAGUGAUGCCAUUGGCAUGGGACUCAACCUCGAAAUUCGAAGAGUCAUUCUCGACUCUACCUUCAAAUACGAUGGUUCGCAAGAGCGUCCCCUGACGUUCCCGGAGAUCAAACAGAUUGGAGGCCGCGCUGGAAGGUACAGGACGGCGUCCAGGCCAGGUGAGGAUGCGGUGGAAUCCCGACCGAGUUCUGGGUAUGUCACGACCAUGGAGAAAGUCGAUCUCAAGAGCGUGUUCAAGGCCUUUAGCCGGCCCGUCAACGACCUCGAGACGGCCUACAUUGCGCCCCCGCCCGGCAUUGUCGAGCGCUUCGCAUCGUACUACCCCCCGACGACGCCACUGUCCUUCAUCCUGAUGCGCAUCAAGUCGGCUGCCGCCCUUGGGCCCCGGUAUCAACUUUCCAUUACGUCGGAGCUCCUCGAGAUUGCCGACCUCGUGCAGCAUCUGAACCUCUCCAUUUACGAUCGCAUGACUCUUGGCUACAUGCCUGUCAAGCUGAACGCUGCCGAGUCCCGGGAUACCGUCGUAGCACUCGCGCGAGUCAUCGCCGAGAACAGCAAGGGUGAUUUGCUGGACAUUCCAGAGAUUCCCAUUGAAUAUCUCGACUUCAAAAUCGAGGACGUCCUUGGCGGGAAAGCUGCGCACAAUCAUCUAAACAAGUUGGAGAUUCUCCACAUUGCACUCAACCAGUACAUCUGGCUCUCGUACCGAUACACGGGAAUGUUCCGCGACACGGAUGCGGCAUUGCACGUGCGCUCGCUUGUGGAGGAGAAGCUGAUCCAAUUGCUGGAUCGCUUGGACUUUACAGAGCAGAGCUUCAUCAGUUCCCGACAGCUACGACGUGGCAGGGCGGCGGCACGCGAAGCCCACCUUCAGAUCCUGGCGGGAGAGGAGGAAGUGGAUGAGAAUGGCAACAGACCAGAAGCAACGCCCACCGAAUCCGAAGCCUCAAUGGAGCAGCAACAGGUCGAGACGGUGGAUUCGGUUUCGCAGGAAACUGAUCCGAGCCGUGACCAUGACGAGCGAGUUGGCGGCGGCUUGCGGGAGUGGGCAACAAAGUAG